UAUAUAGAGGUACAGAGAGAAAGAGAGACGUGAUAGUUUCUACUUUCUAAUCAUAUAUUAACUUUUCCCAUUUGUGUUUCUCUUCAACUCUCACUUAGCAAGCCAAGCUGUGUGUUGUACCUUCAAUUUACACAGAGAGAGAGAGAGAGAUGAGAAAGGUCUGUCAUCCUUUGUUGAAUGGGGGAAGAGGAUAUGCAGGAGAUGACAGAAAAUACAGUCAUGGAUUCUCUUCAGCUGAGAUGCAGUCUUUGGCAAGUAUCUGUGAGGCUUUAUUACCUCCUUUUUAUGAAACCAAAGGUGAACAACCGACAAUUAACAAGGCUGUUCAGUCCUUCUACAAAACUUCUGCGGCUCAAACUCCCAUCCCUGAUGAGGUUGCACAGCUAAUGGUGAAAAGGGCCUUGAUAGAAGCUGUGGUAUUGGUUAGAGUGGUUUUGUGGAUAUUGGGAACUAAGUUGGGAACCCUACUCCUCUGUGGCUCUCUUUGUUUUGGUAAGACAUGGCCCUUCGUUCACAAGUUUUCAAGUUUGUCGUUGGAGAAAAGAGAAAAGGUCCUGCAGAAGUGGUUCAAGCACAAGUUUCUUACCCCCAUUAGGCUUGCCUUUGUUUACAUCAAGUUUCUUUGCCUCUACAUUUUCUUCUCUCGGGUUGGUGAGAAUGCAGAAAACCCAAUAUGGCAAGCCAUUGGAUACCAUGUAGAAACUGAUGACCAAGAUGAUCAGAAGAACCACUCAAAAAUGCAAGAACAAAAGCGGCCUCUUCAGAAGGGAAUCAUAGAAACAAGGCUUGAAACUGAUACCAGCCUUCUGAAUUCCCUUGAACAGAAAGGCUUCCAAGUCAUACAUAACUCCACAAAAAAUAUUUACAACGUCAAUGACGUUAUAAUUGUUGGCUCUGGUUGUGGAGGAGGUGUCGCAGCUGCUGCUCUUGCAAGCUCAGGCCACAAAGUCAUCGUUCUCGAAAAAGGAAACUACUUCACUCCCUCAGAUUACUCUUCUUUGGAAGCUCCCUCCCAUGAUCACCUUUAUGAAUCAGGAGGCAUUCUUGUAACUGUUGAUGGGAAAAUUGUGCUUCAGGCUGGAUCAACGGUUGGUGGUGGCUCUGCUAUUAAUUGGUCAGCCUGUAUUAAAACACCAAAUUAUGUGCUUCAGGAAUGGAAUAAAGAUCAUAAGAUCAAGUUCUUCGGGGGAUCGGAGUAUCUUUCUGCAAUGGAUACUGUAUGCGAGAGAAUUGGUGUUACUGAGAAUUGUGUAGAAGAAGGGUUUCAAAAUCAAGUACUAAGGAAAGGGUGUGAGAAUCUAGGCCGGGUGGAUUUUGUGCCUCGAAAUUCUUCAGAAAAUCAUUACUGUGGAUCAUGUGGUUAUGGAUGCAGGAAAGGAGAGAAAAAGGGGACAGAUUCUACAUGGCUAAUGGAUGCAGUGGAUUAUGGUGCCGUGAUCAUAACUGGAUGUAAAGCUGAGAGAUUUGUAUUGGAAACCAACAAGAGUGAAAGUAAAAGAAAAAAGAAAUGUUUGGGAGUAAUGGCAAAACCUUUGAGCAAUAACAUUACGAAGAGGCUGCAAAUUGAGGCCAAAGUUACAAUCUCAGCUUGUGGAGCUCUUUUGACACCCCCUUUAAUGCUUUCUAGUGGACUGAAGAACAAGAACAUUGGUCGGAAUCUUCAUCUCCACCCUGUUUUAAUGGCUUGGGGAUAUUUCCCUGACUCAAAUUCAGAGUUCAAGGGUAAAAACUAUGAGGGUGGAAUAAUUACAUCAGUGUAUAAGGUGGUAUCAGCAGACUCUAAGGUAAAAGCAAUCAUAGAAACACCGGCAUUAGGGCCGGGAACAUUUUCUGCUUUGAGCCCUUGGGUGUCUGGGGAAGACAUAAAGAACAGAAUGCUGAAGUUUUCAAGAACUGCCCAUUUGAUUUCAAUUAUCAGGGAUAAGGGUUCCGGGGUAGUUACGAAGGGUGGAAGAGUAAGUUAUGAGUUUUCUGCCUUAGACAAAGAGAACAUAAAGGGAGGUUUGAGGCAGGCAUUAAGGAUUCUAAUAGCAGCAGGAGCAAUUGAAGUUGGCACACAUCGGAGUGAUGGGCUGAGACUCAAAUGUAAAGGGAUUGAUAAGGAGGAACUGGAGGAGUUUCUUGACAUGGUUACUGCAGAUGAAGGGCCGCAGUCACUGGUAGAGAAUUGGACAAUCUAUUCCUCAGCUCAUCAGAUGGGGAGCUGUAGAAUGGGAAUCAAUGCAAAGGAAGGGGCGGUUGAUGAGAAUGGGGAGAGCUGGGAAGCAGAAAGCCUCUUCGUAUGUGAUGGGAGUGUUCUACCUAGUGCUGUUGGUGUUAAUCCCAUGAUCACCAUCCAAUCAACUGCAUACUGUCUCUCAAAGAGAAUAGCUGAUUCUCUAAGAAAGUGUUAGAAUAAAACCAUUAAUGCAAAAUCUAUUCGUAAUGAAUGGAAUGUAAUAUUGAUUACAAAUAAUUUAAGAUUUCUACCACAUAUGGGUCUUCUCAAACCCUAUAUAUGUUGUAAACAUUAUACAUGGUUAAUUCAAGGAGUAAUAUUUCUACCACAUA